AUGGCUGAUCUCGUCGACGGAAAGACUGUUAACCCUCCUCCUGCCGAUCCAUACUAUCACCCCCAAGAUGCGUUAGGUCUUUCGACACGCGCCAUUAUGUUAACUGGCACUGCUGGUUUGUUCCUCGCCGCCAUUCAAAAUACUGUGACCAAGCAGAACGUUGGUGCUUUUGGUGUAAUUUCACGAUUUGGGAGCACUGUGGGAAUAUUUGCUGCUGCCGGUGGAGCGUAUCAAUUCGCAACCAGUGUCUCUGCCAAUCUGCGCCAGAAAGAUGACUUCGUCAACAACACAAUUGGAGGUGCCAUAGCCGGUGCGCUUAUGGGUGCAGCCAAGCGAAAAGCCCCUGCAGUUGCACUCAACGCAUUUUUAUUAGGGACGGCUGCAGGUGUCGUAGGGUUUACACAAGCUUCUACCUUUGCCUCCGCGGGGGAUGAUCCCCAGAUAGAUCGCAUUGCAGAAAAGGAUGCAGCCAAAAAGCGAUUCCGAAGACCUAUAAACGAAACUAUAAACGAAUUGGGUGAAGGCAGAGGUAUCUAUGGUCCAGGCUAUGAAGAGAGGAGGAAGCAACGAUUGAAGGAGAAUUAUGGAAUCGAUGUGCCCGAGCCAUACUACAAGUCCACACCGUCAUAG